ACGAAUCAGACAGCUGACAAACAUUCUACACGUUCAUAUUCUGCGUUUAAAAGAAAGCUUUUCUGUCGGUCACCACAUUAUUUCGUUCAGUCCAAACAUGAAAGAAUAUGCAUUUCCUAGUGUAAUAAUGCCUUUUAAUUUAUGAACACAGUUCAGUCAGAGCCGCUUAGUUCUUCAACCCCUUCUGCUUACUUGACACUUUCAGCCUCGCUGUUUUGCAUUGGUUAAUGUAGGCGGAGUUUAAGUCACAGUGCGCCUUCCAAAACAAGGAACGUGUGUCCACACAAGGGCAGUUAAGUUACUGCUACCCGGGAGAAGAGGCGAAGAGGUGCGAUGAUUUCAUAGACAGCAUUCCCCGUUAUUGACAUUAAAGAGUUGUACCACAACCCUUGAAGAACAUGGAAGCAUCUGAAGAGUCUAUAAGAAUGACUCCGGAUCCUCAGAGCAAAACAUGUCUACAGAAUCAGGACACACACAUAUAUCAAGAGAAAAAACCAUCUGCACAAUCAGUGGUUCAUGUGGUUUUGAGUGCGAUCUUCCCGACUGGCAUCCGUGGAAAGGCUGUGUCCGUCAUCUCUGCCUUUAACUGGGCCACAAAUUUGCUCAUAUCGAUGACUUUCCUUACUCUGACAGAGAGGAUCGGCCUGCCCACCGUGAUCUUCUCCUAUGCUGCUAUGAGCUUCGUGUUGGUGGUGUUUGUGAUUGUAUUUGUGCCAGAGACGAAAGGCAGAUCGCUGGAACAGAUCUCUAAGGAGCUUGCCGUGAAGAAUCACCUGAGCAGCAGACUGCUGCAUCAUAGAAGAAAACACGAGGCUAUAGCACAACCCUCACAGGAGGAAAAAGCCCUCACAACGGUUUGACUCUUUACCUAGAUGAAGAGUGGAAGUGCACAAGGGUAUUUGCAAACAACAGGACAGCCAAACCUGUUACUGCACAUUUCAAAGUAUUGAAGAGAUAUAACUGAUUGAUGUUGUCAUUGUGAUAAUUUAGCUUAAUAAACCUUCCUAUGGCAUGAUGGGUCAGUUGAGAAUAGUUUUUUUGUCAAUAUGAUUUAUUUGUAUUCAUUUAAAAAUAUAUAUUUUAAAUAGUUUUGGUAUUGACCGAGAUUUAUAUGGAAUAUUUACAGCUGACUGUUAGGAAACACUUUGGAAAUUGUGCAAUCAUGACCAUAAUCAUGCCAUGGCAAGUCAAAGCAAGGUUCUGUGGCCCAGCCACAUGUCAGUGUUUGUGUGCUGAGCAUUACCAGUUUGACAACACUUAAAGGGUUAGUUCACCCAAAAAUGAAAAUUAGCCUGUGUUUUA